AUGUCAGAAGAAGAACGAGAACUUCUGGCUCGUAUCAGUCAAGUUGCGGGCCAGAUCAACCGACAUAAGAACCAGCAAGCGGGCUCUCGGGGAUCUCCAAGCCUUUAUCCUGCCCAUCAUCGUCAAAACUCCUAUCGACAUGCGAGCUCACCGUACCCAGCUCGCCAUAAUAGAAUUGGCCGCCAUCCUACGGCGCACCACCACCGAACCCUUCACUUGAAUGGCGACAACUCAGCUGCUUCUCGGUCUGCCAGUAGUGGUGCUGAAACACCUCCUGGUUGGGUUUCCAGAACGGAUCGCCACCGCCAACUUAUUAACGCCAACGUUUACGAGAAGGAAACCCAGAAUCGAGCCAAGGCCAUCGAAGAAACACGCCAGAGAAAGAUCAGUGGACGCCGACAGCGCGAGAAGGCUCAGUUCAACGAGUUUCUGAAGCAUCAAGCUACCACUUCGAGUGCGCAGACUAACCCCGCAGACCGCAACGUGCUCACCAUCGACGGUGUCCAGUUCCGCGUUAUGGACGGUGGCAAGAAGCUUGUCAAGAUUCCUGGUGCGUGCAAACUUGGCCGCGACUCUGACGCUUGUGCCUUACCCGCUGCAGAUGCCCUCAACUCCUCCUCACGAACUCCAAAGUUCGCCACUGUUGCUGGAGUCAAGUUUUACCGAACAAAGACAGGAAACCUCGUUGCGAACAGAUUCGUUAACGACCAACGGUAUGGAGUUCUUUUUAGGGAGACGAAUUUGCUGACAAGGUUAAGGCGAACCGGCACGGUCAAGAAGAUGAAUCAACUCUGUAAAAUCUUCUCAACGACUGGUAAUUCCUCUUCCCCAGGCUGGAGUGCUACACAUCUCCUUUACCUAGACCGGCCCAGUGGCCAUGGGGCGAAACUGACGAGUACUUUGCACAUAGGUUCAUGCACCAAAGGCCCUCGGUGCCGGUACAUUCACGACCCGAACAAAGUGGCACUCUGUAAAGAUAUGCUGAAAGACGGGCAAUGUGUCAACGGCGAGUCUUGUGACCUCUCCCAUGACAUGACUCCUGAGCGCACCCCCAACUGUUUGCAUUUUGCCAAAGGCCACUGUGCCAAGGCUGACUGUCCCUAUACUCACUCUAAAGCUUCCCCAGGCGCCCCAGUUUGUCGCAAUUUUGGUUUCAACGGGUACUGCGAGAUAGGAGCAGAGUGUACUGACCGUCACGUUUUUGAGUGCCCUGACUUUAGCAAUACCGGCCGCUGUAAGGUCAAGGGAUGUAAGCUCCCGCACCGUGAGAGGGCAAGCGUCCUCCGGAACAAAACCAAUGCCGCCGGCGAGCCUCUUGGAGACAUUUCAAGUGAUGACGAAGCUGCUGAUUCCGACGAUGUUGAUUCAGAUGAAGUUGCCGAGUUCAUUGAUGCAGACUCGGACCUUUCCGAUUUUGAAGAACAGAAAGACUUCAUAUCGAUCUAG